AUGGUCGGUCUUGGUCCUAGGAAGCCCCCUUCGCGUAAGGGUUCCAUGGCCGAUGUGCCCAAGGACCUUCUCCAGACCAUCAAGCGCCUGGAGGACACCUUCACCGUCCCUGCGGAGAAGCUCAAUGAGAUCACGGACCACUUCGUUAAUGAAUUGACCAAGGGUCUCACCAAGGAGGGCGGAAACAUCCCCAUGAACCCGACUUGGUGCAUGGGCUUCCCCACCGGCCAUGAGACCGGUACCUUCCUCGCCCUCGACAUGGGCGGCACCAACCUCCGUGUUUGCGAGAUCAACCUGCCCGAGGAGAAGGGCGAGUUUGACAUCAUCCAGUCCAAGUACAAGAUGCCUGAGGAGUUGAAGACGGGCACUGCCCAGGAGCUGUGGGACUACAUCGCCGACUGCCUGCAGCAGUUCGUCGAGUACCACCACGAGGGCGAAUCGCUGCACUCAAUUCCCCUGGGUUUCACAUUCUCGUACCCCGCGUCGCAAGACUACGUCGACCACGGUGUGCUGCAGAGGUGGACGAAGGGUUUUGAUAUCGACGGCGUGGAGGGCAAGGACGUUGUUCCUCCUUUCGAGGCUGCGCUGAAGGAGAGGGGUGUUCCCAUCAAGUUGACUGCCCUGAUCAACGACACCACGGGUACGCUCAUUGCCUCCGCUUACACCGAUGAUCGCAUGAAGAUUGGCUGUAUCUUCGGCACUGGCUGUAACGCAGCCUACAUGGAGAACUGCGGCUCCAUCCCCAAGCUUGACCACAUGAAGCUUGACCCCGAUGCUCUCAUGGCCAUCAACUGCGAGUGGGGCGCUUUCGACAACGACCACAAGGUCCUCCCUCUUACGAAGUACGACCACCAAAUCGAUAACGAGUCCCCUCGUCCCGGCCAGCAGGCUUUCGAGAAGAUGAUUGCCGGUCUUUAUCUCGGUGAGGUUUACCGUCUGGUCCUGCUUGACCUUCACGAGGACCCCGGUGCGCACCUGUUCGAGGGCCAGGAUGUCAGCAAGCUCAAGAAGGCCUACAGCAUGGACGCUUCGUUCCUUGCUCAGAUCGAAGAGGACCCCUUCGAGAACUUGCAAGAAACCUACGACCUCUUCGUCAGGCAGCUCAGCAUCAAGCCCAACAAGCCCGAGUUGGAACUGUGCCGUCGCCUCGCCGAGCUGAUCGGUACGCGCGCCGCCCGCUUGUCGGCCUGCGGUGUCGCCGCUAUCUGCAAGAAGAAGGGCUGGGACGAGUGCCACGUCGGUGCCGACGGCUCCGUCUUCAACAAGUACCCGCACUUCAAGGCGCGCGGUGCCCAGGCUCUGCGCGAGAUCUUCGGCUGGGCCAAGGGCAAGCGCGACCCCAUCGAGAUUGUCCCCGCCGAGGAUGGUUCCGGUGUCGGUGCCGCCUUGAUUGCCGCUCUCACGUUGAAGCGUGUCCAGGAGGGUCAAUACGCCGGUAUCCGGGACCCCCAGGGCAUGCUUGAGAGCGCGGGCAAAUAA